GCCAUUUCGCCCUCGGACAUUACUCCUUUUUCCUUAGACGAUAGGAGAGGAAGCACCCGUCUCUCUCCAGCGAACCGUCUCUCUCCAGCGAUCUCUUCCGCUAGGACCUGGUUGUGAGUGAAUUAUCUAGUGCUUCGCAAAGAUGCCGGCCACCGCAGGAAGAGUCCGCAUGCCUGCGAACAACCGCGUUCACAGCAGCGCGGCGCUCCAGACUCACGGAAUCUGGCAGAGCGCGAUCGGUUACGAUCCUUACGCGCCUACGAGCAAAGAGGAGCCGAAGAAGACAACUCAUGAGAAGUCCGAAGACCCCGAGAACUCUUACACGAGCUUCCAGGGUCUUCUGGCUCUCGCUAGGAUCACCGGCUCCAACAACGACGAGGCUCGCGGGUGUUGCAAGAAGUGUGGCCGUGUGGGGCACUUGACGUAUCAGUGUAGGAAUUUUUUGAGCACGAAGGAGGGUAAGGAUGGGGGUGAGAUUGAAGGUGAUGUUGCGGUUGGGUUGGAGAAGGUUAGGAGGUGUGUUGGGAGAGGGGAGGUGGAGGAAGAGAGUAGUGAGGAGGAGGAGAAGAGUGAGAGUGAGGAUGGUUCUGAUGUUGAUUCUGAGAUUGAGAAGAUUAUUGCUGAGAGGUAUGGGAAGAAGAAGCGUGACGAGUAUGAGUCUGAUUCGGGGGAGAGGAAGAGAGUGAGGAGGUUGAAGAAGCGGAGGAGGAGGAGUGGGAGUGAGUCUGAGGAUGAGGAAGAAGGGAGGAGUAAGAGGAGGGGGAGGAAGAGAGAUGUUGAUUCUGAUGAGUCUGAGGAUGAGGAUCGGAGACGGGUUAAGAGGAAGAGUAGAAAGGAGAAGAGGAGGAGGAGAAGCAGGCGUGACCGUUCUUCUGAUGAUUCUGAUGAUUCAGAUGAAUCUGAGGUUGAUGGGAGAGGUAGAAGGCAGAAGCGUAGGAACAAAGUGGCGGCGUCUUCUGACUCUGAUGUUUCAGGGGAUGAUGUUGGUUCACGCGUUGGGAGGAGUUCUUCUAAGAGGUAUGAGAAGAAGAGCAGGAAACGUCAUCACAGGAAAGACUGAAAGUAAAAGAGAUUGAUCCGGUUUCACUUGUCUCUUUUCCAUCUAUCUCUCGUAUCAAUCUAUGUACAAUGUUUGAUAAUGAAAUAUGUUUAUGGGAUUUGAUUUGUGCUGGAAUCUUGUGGUCUGCUUGUUUCAAGAAAUUGAGAUACUCUUGCUAAUUGUGUGCUAGUCUUUUGACUCUUUACUGCUUCAGUGAUCUAUAAUAUUUGAUUAUUUGUUUCUGUAAGUUACGGUUUUGGUGU